AGCCGUUUCUGAAAUCUGGAUGUGCAGAUUGGACCGGCACCAGUGUCGGAGGGACCGGAGAGACUUCGAUCUUGACAUGGCACUUCUUUGAGCCAUCGGGUCUACCAAUGGACGGUGAUGAAGGUGCGGGAGGCAAGGGCGACGAUGGGGCUUUGAACGCCAAGAAUGCCCAGAGCGGCGACGUGGGCGGCUUCGGCGCGUCGGAGGCGGAGACGACGCGCGAGGAGACCGAGACGAAGUCUGAGGAUGAGGACAACGCGCCGGACGCACCCCGACGGCCUUCGUUGGUGAUGAUUACACCUGUGGCCCAGACCUUUCAGCUGAUUGGAGAUGCUAUUGGUUCAAUGCACGACGUGGGUGAAGGCAUGAUGACGGGCGUCACCGGCCGGAUGGAACAGAUUUCCGAGGUAGCGGAAGGUUUGGGCACCAAGAUGAUGGCUGGAAUUGACAAAAUGAAAUCGGACGUCUCCGGGCAAACCUUUUUGCAUGCACAGACAGAUCACGAAAGCUUCAAGCAGUUCCUGACCCAGGUGAUGAAGGCGAACGUCGACUCCGACGAGGGCUCCGGCGCGGAGAUGCUUCGAACGUCCAUGGCCAGCAAGAAGUCCAAGAGGAGGACCACCUUCGCAUCAGCUUUAUCAGGGCGUUUGAGGAGCAAGAUCAAGAUCAAGCUUUGCUCCAGGACUCGCAAGAGGUGCAUUUGGAUUUGUGGCCAAGUGGUCUCCACCUGGUUCUUCGCCUUGAUAUCCUGGUCCUUCUUACUGCUUCACUCCAUCGGGCUUCUCCUGGUGGCAGACCAGACGACGGCCACUCCAGACGUUUGGCUCGGACUCGCUUGGGGCUAUUUUGUCUUCUGCGUUUUGGAGCUAUUCAUGCGAAGUGUGGCGCACAAAGGCAACAUUUGGCGGAAUCGAUGGUUUAUUUUUGACCUUUUGCUCUUGCACUUCGCCGUGCUGGAAGCCUUACUUCCUCUCUUGGUCCCGCACGGUGUGGGUCAAGGGCAGUUCAUCGUGCUGUCGCUCCGGUGGCUUCAUUGCGUGCGCUGCCUGCGCCUGGUGCCGCGCGAAAGUCGCGCGACCAUGGCAGCCUUUGGGGCGUUGCCCUUGGGCGUGGUGAUGCUCGUCAUCGGUAUUUGGGCCUUCAUCGCAGUCAUUUGGUUCCUCGUCCUGGACAGCGGCAUCGUGGAACCGCCUGGAUUGCCUGAGGACACGCCAGGCGGGCAAGGAGGGCCGCGACGAGGGCUGCAAGGAGGGCCGCCACCGGAACCGGUGGUGAUAGAGAUCCCACAGUACGACAGCUACGGCUCGUCCCUUCUCAGCCAGCUCUAUUUGGCGUGCGAUGGGAUGAACUGGCACAACAUCAUUGACCAGAUAUCAGGGCAUUUCUGGAGCACUGAGGCUACGAGGAUCUCUUUCGUCAUGGUGCUGAUCUUGGUCGGCUUGGUCACCACCAAUGCCAUGAUCGUGCUGGUUUAUGAGCUGGCACGCCAAGCGAUCGCCCACUACGAGCUGCAGAACCAGGCCGCAGUGGUGCGAAAGCAGCUCAUUGGGUUACAUCAUUUGGAACAGAAGUUUUGGGAAGUUUCCAGCGAUGCUGAUGAAGGAGAUGAGCUCUCCGUGAUCGACCGCUCUUUGCUGGAGAAGGUCCUGCCGCACUGCCAGGAGGAGCUGGCGGAGCAACAUGUCACUGCUGAGGAAGUGCUGCAGCUCUUCGACCACUUGGAGGAGACAAACAACCGAACGGUGAUGUUUUACGACCUCCUCUUCGGCAUCCUGCUCCUGACUAGCCCUGCUGGCUUGGCCGACUUCCUGCGGGUGGACCAUUUGCAAAAGCAGUGCAUCCAGAUCACGGAUGCUGGGAAUGCUGAGCUGCGGAAUCUCUUGAGAAGUGGCAAAGAGGCCCUUAAGACCAUUGAGGAGAGCAUUCUGAACCUUCGAGACCAGCUUUCCAAGUUGCGUGUCCAUGCGCAGAAAGCUUCGCAAGAAGUGCGUGUCAUCAUGACCGACGUGGAGAAACAGUUCGAGGACUGUGCGGCAAGCGUGGACUUCAUUGCCACGCUCCGACGGAUGCAGCUUCAGAAGGCGCAUCAGAAGGCGCGUCAGGAUCUCCAAUCAAGGCUUGAGCAAGCGAAGGCAGCUGCUUUGAAGCUAGACUCUGAGCUGCAAACGAAGGUGUUGGAACCUACAGGAGGAUUGGUCUUGCAGUGGCAAAUGAUCGUUGGCGCCAGCAUCAGGCAGUGUCAAAAUCGCUCAGCAGCUACAGCCUAUGACAGCCUGACGCGAGAAACGAUGGCCUGCAGGAUGACUUCGACCGCUUGGGCCAUGCCUUUGGCUACCCCUCUUUGCGGGAGAAAAGCAGUUGGGAGAAGAUCCAGGUGAUCGACACACUGUUGAGUGCCAAGGAGCUCCGGUCCAAGUCCAUUCCAGAGCACGAACGGCAAUUUCAACUGGCUGCAGCGCUGCUGCGCACGGAAGUGAAGGAGCGCUUCCAGAAGAAGUUGUACAAAUACCUUGCAGGUGAAGUGGAAGAUGAGGUAAGUGUCACCACAUUGUGAACUCCCUCCCACACUGGCCGCACUGCGUUUUCCCAC